AUAACAGUUAAUUUAUAAUUAAUGAUGUAACGCUCAUGUUACAGAAAACAAUGGGAAAGAAUAAGGAAACUCAGAAAAACAAAAAUGUUUUCAAAGUUGCAACAGUUCGCAGUAUUAAGCUGAAAGCUAAAGCACAGAAGAUUAUUAAUUCAAAGAAAAUUGAUUCAAAAGGAAAUAAGAUAUCAAACAAGGAUAAAACAGCCAACAUGGAUCGACUACUGCAAGAAUUGCGUAAGGACGUACAAGUGCUUGAUUCCAAAGCAAAACAAAGCAAAGCUAUUGAAAAGAAAACAAUUAAGAAUACAAAACCACUGAUGUCCAAAGUGACGCCAGCACAAAUGAUUGCAACAGUUUUAAAGAUGAAGCAAAUACAACUUUGACAAAAAAUGAAAAAUAUAGACGAAUUCAAUUAAUUAUGUAUUCAAUCCUCUGUUUUCAACUACAUGUAUAUUAAAAAACCUUAUAUAAUAUAAAA